UGGGGGAUGAGUGGAUAACAGGACACACAAACAAAACUGCUUUAGACCACUUGGACUUUCCCCACGUGAAUCAAUAUUCAAGCCCUGCGCUCCCUGUUGAGCAAUGAGGCCAAAUAGAAAAGGCGGCUGAAAGACGGGUGGUAGAGAGGGAGGGCUCUGAGAUGCCAUGUUAGAGAAGCAGAUUCUCAUUGGAGGCAGAAAAAAAGCUGCUGAGAGAACGAGAAGAAACAGCCUCCCACGUCCUGAAGCCAUCUGACACGCUGCAGUCUGCAAGACGUGGUUAUUGUUAAGUGGCUUUGAGGAAGAUCCCUGUGAAGAGAGGGAGGAUGUUCUCCAAGUUGAAGUGGCUGUUUCUGAUCCAGCUCCUGCUGACCGAACAGAGCCUGUGCAGAGUCCCGCCUCCUCCACCCAAAACGGACAACCUGCUCCAAACAACUCCAGCCAGUGAAGAUGCUGAGCAGAAACAGGACAUUCAGGUUCUCCUUGGUUCCAGUCCACAGCCAGACAAAUCUGAACCUACGUCGACUCGUUCUCAAAACGUGGAGAAGAUCCGAUCUGCUCAACUUGCGACAUGGACUAUUUCGGCGAAGCUUCAGGGUCAGAUUCGAGAUCACCUCCAGAUUCGAGGAAACGUCAGCUGUGAGGAGCUGCUGUAUGCCAGCGCGGUGGAUGAUCCGUUAUCCUCUGUGUUCCCUCAGGAGCUGCUGGGACUCUCGUUGGUGCCUGUCCUGGUGGCGUCAGGCUGCCCACAGGAGGCUCAGCUCCUGGUUCUGAAGCUGUACGACCUGCUGGGGAAGGCUGACACUGAGGAGCUGCUGAUGGAUUUGGUGGCUCUUAUAGAGAGGAAGAUGAGCAGGUCUACAUCAGCAUCGACUUCAGCAGCACUGCUUUCCGAGGGAGAAGAAGCAAGUCAGCAUAUAGAUGGAGUGAUGUUCAACAUUCAGCAGCUGGCUUUAGUGAAAGAUGCAUCACAGGAGGGUCAUUGUGAUGGUUGGAGCCGAAUGAAUGGGACCAUGCUACUGGGAACGGCUGUAAGAGGAGCUGCAGGCCGAGUGGAGGACGCUGUCAGAAGCUGUGAAAGACUCGGAGUCCUGUGUGCCGGUGUGACCAGCAGUGGACCUCUCAUGCCUGGAAUGUACCAAGCCGUGUUAAAGAAAGGUAGCCGCAUCUUUCCAUCCACAUCCCUGGAGUCUGAGUGCUGGAUCCGCCAGUGCAACCCCCAGGAAGAGCUUUUUCAAUCCUCAGGUCAGCGGAUGAAGCGCAGCCCUCAGAGGAGCUGCAUCAACAAGGAUGAGGAGCGCGUGUACAACGUGGUGGAGUGGAUCCCCGCGGUCAGCACUCUCUACAGCCUCGGCACGGCGGUCUACUACGCCUCCAUCAAUUGCUCGGCAACGGCCAAGGAGAGAGCCAUCCUCAGCGCCGUGGACCUGGGUACAGACGCCCUGAUGGUGGCCACAGGCGGGACUGUUGGGGUGGCGGGGUACGCUGUGGGGGCAGGAGUGAAGACCGGUGUGAAAGCCGGAGUCAAGUACCUGAUGAACUCCAUGAAGGCAGAGGACGAUGUGCUGGUGAACCAGUCCAGCUUGGAGAGGGGAACCUUUACUGCCGAGUGAACAAGUACACUUCAGGCAAUUUUUAAUGUAGGAAUACCUAAUCGUUAAGUUUAUUUGGGGGUGAAAAAUUCCAUGUGUAGAAAUAAAUAUUUUAAACAAAAACAUAGGUAGAUAAAUGGUUGGUAGUCAUACUGCCGAUCUUCUGUGCAACACUAUUUCACCUUUAAAGCUGCAUUAGGUAACUUUUAUAAAAGAAAACAGUUUUAUAACAUAUUUUCUCAAACUUUCACUAUGUCCUGACAUCUGAACAAAUCCAACUGCUUGGCCUUCUUUCUGUGGUCCUACUGUCAUCUGCAGAAAUACAUCACUCAAAAACAACCAAUCAAAGCCAGGAGGAAGUCCUUAGAGCUGUCAAUCACCUUUAUCUCUGCUACUCUAUAGCUCCUUCACCACAAUGGAGCCUACAGUGAACAUAGAUAAACAGAUUUCCUGUAGGUUGUUUCUUCAGCAUUGGCGCAUUGAGCAGUACAUACACAAGCAUGAUUGGCAGUGCUAAGACCUUCCUCCUGGCUCUGACUGGUUGUUUUUGACUGGGAGGAUGUGGAGGGGCUUGAUUUUUUUCACAAGUUGUCUGUUUCAUAUUAAAUUGUCAAGACAUUGUGAAAGUUUAAAGAGAUAUUUAAAAAAGCAUAUUUUUUAUAAAGGUUAUUGUCAUUAAAAAGAAAAGUGUAAAUACUGCUGUAGCUAAGUUUAUUUUAAACUCAUCAGGAAUUUCUUACAGUGGGAUUGUUUUCCUUAGGAAUAAAUGUACUAAAAUUAAAGGUUAGAAUUUUCAAAACGUUUCACUAAUAAAAGAAAAAUCAAUAUUUGAAAGUUUUUCAAGCUUUUGACUUGACAACAUUUGAAAAUUAAAUGUAUUAGACACUAGACUACUUCACAUAAAGAAAUAAAUGUUUUUAUUAAUAAUUGACUCAUUUAGUUAUAGCAAACUGUAUAGCAAAAAUAUUCAUUCUAACCGAUGUAAUGGCAAACCAGACUUCUUAGAGUUAUCACCAUUUUUUAUAAAGUGGAUAUCAGUUUGAAUUAUCUGUACAUUUUGCAGCAACACUGAAAGACUGAUCUCAGGAAAAUAAGCCUGCAACUCCUCAAACUUUGA